AUAACAAAUGAUUUAUAAAUUGUAACAGAUUCUCGAUAGUUAAUUGUUUGUUUCAAUUGAUCAAUCAUGUUGUUCACAAUUAAAACCAUUUCAAUGUUAAUUGUUGUCAUCACAUUCACCUGGUUAAAUGUAAUUGUUACAACUGAAGCUUUCGCUCAAUAUUACUCUUACAAUGUAACAAUUAAAACAUCGUCAGCAAUUAAAUUCAGUGAACACAAAGGUAAAAUUAAAAUUGACAUUAAUUACACAAAUUCAGCAAUUAAAAGUAUCAGCACUGGUAAAGAGCAUUUCACUCUCACUCCAAACGAUGUAAAGAUUGCCAUGAAUCGUAAUUACACCUCGCAAAUCUAUUCGUUUGUACCAUUGGCCAACAUUUCAUCGAUUGACCUUCGAUGGACAUUGAAAUCACCUUACAAUCCGAUUUACUUAAUGUCAACCCCGAUAAUUUAUUUUGAUCCAAUUCUAAUUUCUCACAAUUACAAUGAUCCCAAUUCUCAUUUAAUUGUUACACUGGUCAGUAAAUAUUGUCCAAUUACCACACCGAUCGGAAUCAAGCAUAAAAGUAAAUCAACUUUCUAUCCAUGUAAAUAAAUUUCACUAAUCAAACAAUUAACUAAAUCAAAACAAUCCAACGAGAGACAAUUAAAUGUCAAAGUUAAAUAACCAUGAUCCAAGUUUGUUGUAUGAGUGAAAUUUAUGGGAAACAAUCAAAUUAAACUGUUCAAUCAAUCAUGAUUCCCUCUAAUUGGUAAGAAAAGUGAUUAUUGUAACUAAAUAGCAUCUAAAUUGCCAAUAAAUUAAUUGGCAAUCAACAAUAAGAAAAUAAAUUGAUUUAAAUGAGCAAAGAAAA